AUGGACGAGAUGAAGGCACGGACAUUCACGGAAGAAGAUACGAUGGCCGAGAUUCCAGUAUGCACAAAGACGUACAAGCUUAACAACGGGGUUGAGCUUCCGGCCGUCGGGCUGGGAACAUGGCAAGGCACGUUUGGCAGCAGCGACGAGCAGGCCAUGGUGGACUCGAUCGUGCACGCGCUGCAAGCUGGUUACCGGAUGAUCGACACGGCGCAGAUCUAUGGGGUAGAGCGAGUAGUAGGCCGGGCGAUCGGCGAGAGCGGCGUGCCGCGCGACCAGAUCACGGUGGUGACCAAGUUCUGGGGUUACUGGCACCACGACCCGGCCGCGGCCCUGGCGAUCUCGCUGCGUGACCUGGGGCUGGACUACGUCGAUAUCUUCCUGAUGCACUGGCCGCAGGCGAUGACGCCGCUGCCAGACGCCGCAGUGCUGCCGCCGACGGCGAGCCCGACCAUCACGCAGACGUGGCGCCGCAUGGAGGCCCUCGUGGGUCCGCGCUGCCGUGCCAUUGGCGUGUCCAACUUUACGCAGCGCACGCUCGGACAGCUGCUCGACAGCCACGUCGCCGUCGUGCCGGCCGUCAACCAGGUCGAGCUGCACGCGCUCUGUCCAAACCUGCGGCUGCUUCCCUACUGCCAGCAGCACGGCAUCCAGGUCGUCAGCUGGAGCACGCUCGGCGGACCGGCCAGGUCCGACGGCCCCGCGAACCCGAUGCUCCAGCACGCCCUCUUCACCGACAUCGCCGCCGCCCACAACAUCAGCCCCGCCGCCGUGUCGCUCUCGUGGGCCGUCCAGCGCGGCGCCGCCGUCAUCCCCAAGAGCGCUAGCACCCGCCGCAUCGACGCCAACAUUCGCCUCGUCACCCUCUCCGACGCCGAGAUGGCCACCAUCAACAGCGCCCACGAGACACUCGGGCUCAUGCGCCUCUCCGACCGCUCGAUCUCGCUCGGCGUCGUCGUCGAUGGCAAGCGCACGCUCCUCGGCUGGACCAACGUUGAGAUGGGCUGGCAGGACGAGGAGGGGAAUUGGCUGACAUAG